CUGGGGGCCGAAGAGGAAAAAAACCAAGAGGAUUCCAUGUAAGAGCAUCGCGUGAGCUUGGAGCGUGGAGGAGAGUGAAAAUUUCCCCUGGUACGGGAGGUGCCAGGGCUUACUGGGAGGGUACCAGGCAGUUCGGCAUCCCAGCAGCCACGACCUCCGUUCUGCCCUCAGGGAGCUAGAAUAAUCGGGUGGCCCUAGGUCUAGCUCUUGAAGCGGUGCGGUGCCUUCUCUUGUCUGAGGAAUCAGGACCUGGCCCAGCGAGUCCCUGGAAAGCUUGCCUCCUGCCCCAGCCCUUCUGGUGCGGAUGUGCCGCUGCCCACUGGAGCGCCAUGAAGGCAGGAUGACCUCAGCCGAAGCAGUGGCUGUGGCUGGAAGUGCCCGGGAGCAUGGCCGCCCCAAGUGGCCUCCUGACAGCCCUCAGGUCCUUGGGCAGCCUGCUCGGGUCAGAGUGGUUAUGGCAGCCCUGGUGUGGUUAUUGGCAGGGGCCAGCAUGUCAAGUCUCAACAAGUGGAUCUUCACAGUGCAUGGCUUCGGACGGCCCCUGCUUCUCUCAGCACUGCACAUGCUGGCAGCUGCCCUGGCAUGCCACUGGGGGGCCCGGCGGCCCAUGCCCCGCAGCAUCCAAGGCAGAGUGUUACUGCUCAGCCUCACCUUUGGUACCUCCAUGGCCUGCGGCAAUGUGGGCCUGAGCACUGUACCCUUGGACCUAGCACAGCUGGCCACCACCACCACACCGCUGUUCACGUUGGCCUUGUCUGCGCUGCUACUUGGCCGAAGACACCAUCCCUUACAGUUUGCUGCCAUGGGCCCGCUCUGCCUGGGAGCUGCAUGCAGCCUAGCUGGAGAGAUCCGGGCACCCUCAGCUGGCUGUGGCUUCUUGCUGGUGGCCACCUGUCUCCGAGGCUUCAAGUCCGUUCAACAGAGUGCUCUGCUUCAGGAAGAGAGGCUGGACGCGGUGACUCUGCUGUAUGCCACCUCUAUGCCCAGUUUCUGCCUGCUGGCAGGUGCUGCUCUGGUGAUGGAGGCUGGAGUGGCCCCACCGCUGGCUCCCACUGAUUGUCGCCUCUGGGCCUGUGUCCUGCUCAGCUGCUUCUUGUCUGUGGUCUACAACCUGGCCAGCUUCUCCUUGCUGGCACUCACGUCCGCCCUCACCGUCCACGUACUGGGCAACCUCACAGUUGUGGGCAACCUCAUCCUGUCCCGGCUCCUGUUCGGCAGUCACCUCAGCGCGCUCAGCUAUUUGGGCAUCGCGCUCACCCUUUCAGGAAUGUUUCUUUACCACAACUGUGAGUUCGUGGCCUCCUGGGCUACCCGUCGGGGAUUGUGGCAUAGGGACCAGCCUGGCAAAGGUCUUUGAGACUUGGGGGAGCACAUGAGCCAUUCCUGGAUAGCCCUAGCCUGACUCUUAACCAUGGAAAAUGAGGUUAGGUGGAGAGGUACUAAGUCUGCCAGGCCGGGGAAAGGAGAUGCCUUCUAGAAGGGCUGCCUGGAAGGCCAGGGACCUUCAGAGAGCCACCCCUCCCCCGCCCCUGACAGCCUCACCUGUUACAGCAAGGCCUGCCACUGGAUGGCGGGUCCAAGGCUGGCAUGUGUGCCUGUCAGAUGAGUCAUUAUGAUUAGGGUCAAGUAUUACGAUGAAAAUUGCUGGGUAAACUUAGAAAACCUCAGUGUGUUAUGAAGACGAUGCCCGGCGGUUGCACAAUCCUUCCUCCGGUGGGGGAGGCCGUGAGGCACACCACAGAAGGCUUCUUCAUUGCUGGGCUCCUCUAAAGACUUGGGGUAGCCUGUGCCAACUUCAGGUAGCUUCCGUAGCCUCACUCCAGUGCCUCCUCCUCCUCCGGAUUUAGGUCUUCCAUCCUCAAAUAAACUAUUUUUGCUUGGA